AUGGCAAAAGCAAAGCGUGCAAAAGUUGUCUCGCUCACAAGGACAAAAGCAAAGACGAGGGAGCAUAAAGAGAAUUUGAUUGGAUCAGUGCGUGAUGCUGCGAAUGAGUAUUCCUACGUAUGGGUUUUUGCCAUUAGCAAUAUGCGGAACUUGUACCUGGACGAGGCGCGCAAGCUUUGGACAGGCUCCAAAAUGUUCUUUGGAAAGCUGCGUGUGAUUGCCAAAGCGCUGGGUGAGUCUGAAUCUGAAGAGAUUCGUCCGAGAUUGGCAGCACUGUCGAAACGUCUGCGCGGUAACGUGGGUCUAUUGUUUACAGAUUCGCCGCCUGCAGAGGUCCUCGAUUGGUGCAGCGAUUACCAGCGCCUCGAUUUUGCACGUAUGGGUGGCAAGGCGACGGAAACUGUUAAACUUGAGGCAGGUCCUGUUAUGAUUUACACCGAACCGCGCGAAACUUUGCCGCACAAUAUUGAACCCCAAUUGCGCAAGCUCAAUAUGCCCACCCAGCUCAAGAACGGUAUCCCCACGCUACUCCAAGACUUUACCGUUUGCAAAAAGGGAGAAAUAUUGACGGCGGAAAAGGCACAGAUUCUCAAGCACCUUUUGAUCCAAAUGGCGCAUUUCCGUCUCAUUCCUCUGGUAUACUGGUCCGCAAUCGGCGCUUCCGGCGAAGAAAACCAAAAGGAAGGCGUCAUUGUUGAUGUGCCCUUGUCCGACAGUGACCUGGAGCUUGCAAAGAAUGCGGGGGCAUUGCUCGGUACCAAGAAGAGCCGCGUGCAAGAACACGGGCGCGAUGAAGAAAUGGUCGACGACGACGAAGACGACGACGACGACGACGAACCCGACGAAAUUAAUAUGAUCGAGGAGCGUGACAGUGCAAUGAUGCUCCCUGAAGGGCUGCAGCUCUAA